AUUCACCGUCUCUGUAAGGGAAACCCGACUCACUUGCUUCUUCAACCCUCAACUCACACUCGACGCCUCAACAGCAGCGACGCACUGUCAGUAAUCUCUCUGUAUCAUAUCCCAUCUCAUUCAGGCCCAAGAAAAUGGCUGGAAAGUUCGAACCCAAGGUACCCGUCAACCUGGCUCCUCCCAAGGACGACCCUAUUACCCUCGAGGAGUUGGCCAAGGCCGAUGGCUCGGAUCCCAAUGGAAAGACAUACGUUGCUAUUAAGGGUAUCGUCUAUGACGUGACAGGCAACAAGGCAUACCAACCAGGAGGUUCCUAUAACGUUUUCGCCGGGAAGGAUGCCUCCCGCGCUCUCGGUAAAACCUCAACGAAGGCCGAGGACGUCAGUCCCGAGUGGCAAGAUCUCCCCGACAAGGAGAAGGGCACUCUCAGCGACUGGGUCACCUUCUUCUCAAAGCGGUACAACGUUGUCGGCCGCGUUGCCGGAGCUACCAACACGGAGUGAAGGGCCAGAGCAAUGGAAGCGCGGCUUUGAAGGGCAAGAGGCAAGAGUUGAUGGAUGAAAUGGGGAGAAGAUAGGAGGCCAAAGAUAUUCAUCAUCCGCAGGUGUGACGUUGCCGCAAGCGAGCGUAGACGUAACAAAUGUCAUGAGGCCUUUGCAUCAACGGCACCACACCAAAACCUCCGAACGUUAUUUCCCUCCUCCUGAUUUCUCUCCCCUCGCCUCUGGCCGAGAAACACCGACAUUGAUCUCAAUUGCAACCUGGCAGCUCCAUAUCAGCCCCUCCUAUGCUAAUGCUUAUCCGUGGAAGACAUACUGAUACGCU